AUGGAAGCUGUUUCGCCUUCUUCAAGACUGUUUGGAAAUCCUCCGGAGUCCCAGUUUCCAGCGAGUACUGGUCAUCCCGAUGCGCCGGUAUGGGCAGGUGGAGCUCGUCUUGACUCACCGAUAAUCGAGGAUAGAGAUCACAAUAUCCAGAAGUUGCUUACCGACGCGGCAAGUGAUGCUUUGGGAGGUAUGGGCAUACAGCGGGGCAUCGGGGUAGGCGCCACCGAAUCGGGUGUCACGGUGUCAGCGCGUCUUGUGGGUUCCGGAGGAGCAGCAGAGAUUUGUGAAAGGCCAGGUGAGGGUGACGGUAAUGCUGGCUGCUUGGAUGGCUUUAUCAGCGGGGCCGUGAUCGGAGAAAUUGGUCGAGCCUCUUCAUCGCCAAACGGCAAACGAAGCGAAUCGCUGAGGAAAUCCGGCCGACUGGAAAAAUCGUUCAUAAAAGAAGGGACGGAGCGCAACCAAAUAACGAAAAAAACAAGCUGGGACUGCGAGAGCUUGCUAAGCUCAAAGCAUGGACGGUGCGAAUAA